AUGAGCAGAACCUCCAACCAAGGAGAAGAGGUUUCUUCAGGUGAUGAGACUUCUAUCACAAUCAUCUCCUCCGAUACCCGUACAACGAUAACAAGAACAUCCACAACCCACGCUAAUUUUCAGAUUCAUCAGGUUUGUUUGCCGCCUCAUAUCACCACUUACCAAAAGCUCAAGCACAGGCUACAUGAGAUCUUCUUCCCCGAUGAUCCUUUCUACAUUUUCAAGAACCAGACGUGUUGUAGAAAAUUUGUUCUCGGUUUACGGUAUGUGUUUCCCAUUUUGGAAUGGGGCUCCAACUACAGCUUUUACCUUUUUAGAUCUGAUCUUAUUGCCGGACUCACCAUUGCCAGCUUAGCUAUCCCUCAGGGGAUCAGCUAUGCCAGACUUGCCAACUUGCCUCCAAUAAUUGGGUUAUAUUCAAGCUUUGUGCCGCCAUUGGUAUAUUCUGUGCUUGGGAGUUCUAGACAUAUCGGUAUUGGCCCAGUCUCUAUCUCAUCUUUGGUCAUGGGCACAAUGCUGGAUGAAGUGGUUCCGUUUAGAAAGAACCAACGUCUCUAUAUCCAGCUUGCUUUUACUGCCACAUUAGUUGCUGGUUUACUUCAAACUUCUUUAGGUCUGUUUAGGUUAGGCUUUAUUAUUGAUUUUCUGUCAAAGGCAACUCUGAUUGGAUUCACGGCUGGAGCAGCAAUCAUCGUUUCUCUACAACAGCUUAAAGGAUUGCUUGGGAUUACCCAUUUUACGGGCAAGAUGCAGGUCAUUCCUGUUAUGGAUUCGGUUAUCAGUAGUCGAAAUGAGUGGUCGUGGAAAACUGUCGUGAUGGGAGGCUGUUUCUUGGCAUUUUUAUUGACCACAAAACAUAUAAGUGUGAAGAAGCCGAAACUUUUCUGGAUUUCAGCUGCAGCUCCACUAACAUCUGUUAUUUUGGCUACACUUCUAGUCUUCUUUUUCAGGUCUGCAUUUCAAGAUAUUUCAAAAAUUGGUCGGCUGGCAAAGGGAUUGAAUCCACCUUCAGUAAACAUGCUAUAUUUCCACGGCCCUCAUCUUGGCCUUGUAUUUAAAACGGGCAUUGUAACUGGCAUCUUGUCUCUCACUGAAGGAAUUGCAGUAGCAAGAACUUUGGCUUCCCUUCAGAAUUAUCAAAUUGAUGGAAACAAAGAAAUGAUGGCAAUUGGUCUUAUGAACACGGUUGGUUCUUUCUGUUCUUGCUAUGUCACUACUGGAUCAUUCUCUCGAUCUGCUGUGAACUACAAUGCUGGAGCGAAGACAGCAUUUUCAAAUAUAGUCAUGGCAGCAGCGGUGCUUGUAACUCUGUUAUUUCUAAUGCCACUUUUCAAUUACACACCCAAUGUUAUCUUAGCAGCAAUGAUUGUUGCAGCUGUUGUUGGCUUGAUUGAUUAUGAUGCUGCUUUUAAGUUAUGGAAGCUUGAUAAGCUUGAUUUCUUGGCUUGUUUCUGCUCCUUCUUUGGUGUUCUGUUCAUCUCAGUGCAGAUAGGGCUAGUCAUAGCUGUUGGAGUUUCAGUAUUCAAAAUUAUUCUGCAUGUUACGAGGCCAAAUACCAUUAUAUUGGGGAACAUUUCAGGCACUCAAGUAUAUCAAAGUCUCAACAGAUAUGAAAAAACGUUAAGAGUGCCGUCUUUUCUCAUCCUAAGCAUUGAAUCUCCUAUCUUUUUCGCAAAUUCAACUUAUCUCCAAGAGAGGAUCGUAAGAUGGAUUCGCGAGGAGGAAGAGAGGAUUGAAGAAAAUCAAGAAGCUUCCUUGAGAUGCGUGAUUCUGGACAUGACAGCAGUAACAGCCAUAGACACAAGCGGUCUUGAUGCUAUUUCUGGACUUGAUGCCAUGAUAAAAAGAAGAUCUCUUCAGCUUGUUCUGGUAAAUCCUGUUGGAACUGUGAUGGAGAAGCUCUACCGUUCAAAAACGUUGGAUUUGUUUCAAUCAAACGGUCUUUAUUUGACUAUUGGGGAAGCAGUCACUGAUAUUUCAUCUUCAUGGAGAACUUCACCGUGAUUUUUCCCAAGAAAUGUCUCCAUGAAGAAGGAUAUUUGGCUCUGCAUAGAGAGCUUGUGUAUAUAAUUUUUGUAAGUUGCAUUGGCAGAUUUCAAGCUUGAACUCUUUUGCACUUUAGAUUUAAACUUAACAAAACAGCCUCAAUUUUAGUGCAGGACAAGGCUUUGUUUGAGUAGGAGUUAGUGUCCUUACGUGUACAAUGUUGAAUUCACAUCCCCGUAGAAGUAGGUGGAUUGUGUCUACCGAGUAGCUAAUGAAUAGUUAGUACUACUCUUACAUUUUUAAUGUUUAAGUUUAUUCAGAUUUUUUUUUUUUUUACCUCUAAUAAAUCUGAAUUGAAUUAAAUAAGUUCAUAUUAUUUUCAAAAUUAAUCGUAUAAAUAAUAAUUAUCUGGCCAAUGUAGAGAUAAUUGAUAGUCAAAACC